AAAGCGGGGAGGGAGAUGGGGCUCAAGUCGCGAAAGGCGGCGGCGGCGGGGGCGGUUGGCGGCGGCGGUGGCAGCAGCGGCGGCGGGGGCGGCAGCAGCCCAGGCGGCAGCGGGGGCGGUAACUCUGGCGGGAGGGAUGCGGAGGACAAGCGAACUGGGUUGGGGACGGCCGGGGACGUAGAGCAGGGCACCUUGGCCCUGGGAGCCGGAGCUGACAAAGACGGGACCUUGCUUCUAGAAGGGGCGGGCAAAGAGGACGGCAGCAAGAGGACCCCUCAAGGGAUUGGUCUCCUGGCCAAGACCCCUCUGAGCCGGCCGGUCAAGAGGAACAACGCCAAGUACCGGAGGAUCCAAACUUUAAUCUACGAUGCCCUGGAGAGACCACGGGGCUGGGCGCUGCUGUAUCACGCCUUAGUGUUUCUAAUCGUUCUGGGGUGCUUAAUCUUGGCUGUACUUACCACAUUCAAGGAGUACGAGACUGUUUCAGGAGACUGGCUGCUAUUAUUGGAAACAUUUGCUAUUUUCAUCUUUGGAGCUGAGUUUGCUUUAAGGAUCUGGGCUGCAGGAUGUUGCUGCAGGUACAAAGGAUGGAGGGGGAGACUGAAGUUUGCAAGAAAGCCUUUAUGUAUGCUCGACAUCUUUGUGCUGAUUGCUUCAGUACCAGUGGUCGCUGUUGGAAACCAAGGCAACGUUCUGGCCACCUCACUCCGGAGUUUACGUUUCCUACAGAUUUUGCGCAUGCUCCGCAUGGACAGAAGGGGUGGCACCUGGAAACUCCUGGGUUCUGCAAUUUGUGCCCACAGCAAAGAACUCAUCACUGCCUGGUAUAUUGGGUUCCUGACCCUGAUCCUUUCCUCAUUUCUUGUCUACCUGGUGGAGAAAGAUGUGCCUGAGAUCGAUGCUCAAGGAAUGGAGACGAAAGAAGAAUUUGAGACUUAUGCUGAUGCUCUCUGGUGGGGUCUGAUUACCCUGGCAACCAUUGGUUAUGGAGACAAGACCCCCAAAACCUGGGAAGGCCGUCUGAUUGCUGCCACCUUUUCCCUAAUUGGAGUCUCAUUUUUUGCUCUUCCAGCUGGAAUUCUUGGAUCAGGGUUGGCUCUCAAGGUACAAGAACAACAUCGACAGAAACAUUUUGAGAAAAGAAGGAAACCAGCAGCUGAACUCAUACAGGCUGCCUGGAGGUAUUAUGCAACUAAUCCCAACAGGAUUGAUCUGGUAGCUACCUGGAGAUUUUAUGAAUCCAUCGUUUCUUUUCCAUAUUUCAGAAAAGAGCAAUUGGAAGCAGGGGCCAGCCAAAAGCUGGGUCUCUUGGAUCGGGUUCGACUUUCUAAUCCUCGUGGUACCAAUACUAAAGGAAAGCUAUUUACUCCUCUGAAUGUAGAUGCCAUAGAAGAAAGUCCUUCUAAAGAGCCAAAAAAUGUUGGCUUGAACAAUAAGGAACGUUUUCGGACUGCAUUCCGAAUGAAAGCGUAUGCAUUUUGGCAGAGCUCUGAAGAUGCUGGGACAGGAGAACCCAUGACUGAAGAACGGGGUUACAGUAAUGAAUUCCUCAUAGAAGACAUGAUCCCCACACUCAAGUCGGCUAUCCGAGCAGUCAGAAUACUACAAUUUCGUCUCUACAAAAAAAAAUUCAAGGAGACAUUGAGGCCUUAUGACGUAAAGGAUGUUAUUGAACAGUAUUCUGCAGGACAUCUGGACAUGCUUUCCAGGAUAAAGUAUCUUCAGACAAGAGUAGAUAUGAUCUUCACCCCUGGACCUCCAUCUACUCCAAAACACAAGAAAUCCCAACGAGGAGGAGCUUUUACCUAUCCUUCCCAGCAGUCUCCAAGAAAUGAUCCGUAUGUAGCCAAAGCAUCCUCAUCAGAAAUUGAAGACCAAAGCAUGAUGGGGAAAUUCGUCAAAGUUGAAAGACAGGUUCAUGACAUGGGGAAAAAACUGGAUUUUCUUGUCGAUAUGCACAUGCAACACAUGGAACAGCUCCAAGUACAAGUUACAGAAUACUACCCAACCAAAAAGGCGACUGUUACCCCGGCAGAGGUCGAGAAGAAAGAGGACAACAAGUAUUCUGAAUUGAAAACCAUUAUCUACAACUAUUCUGAACCCUGCACCCACGAAACCCCCUACAGCUUCCACCAGGUCCCUGUUAACAAAGUCAGCCCCUAUGCUUUCUUUGCACAUGACCCAGGGAGCUUGCCUCGAGGUGGAGGAGGAGGAGGAGGGCCACCCUCUGAGAGGGAGAAGCUCCCGAGGACUCUCCCUUCCACGGUCCCCUAUGCAGAAAGACCCACCGUCUUGCCUAUUCUCACUCUUCUAGACUCUCGGGUGAGCUAUCACUCCCAAGCUGAGCUCCACAGCCCCUACCAGGAGCGCAUCUCACCCAGGCAGAGACGGAGCUUCACCAGGGACAGCGAUACACCCUUAUCUCUUCUCUCUGUCAACCACGAAGAACUAGAGCGCUCACCCAGUGGCUUCAGCAUCUCCCAGGACAGAGACGAUUACCUUUUUGGCCCCAAUGGGGGCUCGAGCUGGAUGAGGGAGAAGCGGUACCUGGCAGAGGGAGAGACCGACACAGACACAGACCCCUUUACCCCGAGUGGCUCUAUGCCUCUAUCUUCAACAGGGGAUGGGAUUUCAGAUUCCAUAUGGACUCCUUCCAACAAGCCGGUUUAAAGGGGGAGGAGGGGUCACUGGAUGGCCUCUCCUUGUAAUGUAGACAAACUUUGUAUAGCUCACUUACUCUUACACCCAAAGCUUACUAGUUGGAACACCAAUGGCUGCAUUCAAUGCAUGUAUUAGUAGUAGUCACUGCACCAUUCCACGGGGAUUUACAGCUGCAUUUUUUUUUUCCAAGACACCACAAGGAAGCCGCUUCAUUUUGAGCAUGCUUUGCAUGACUUUACACUAUAUAAAUGGUACAGCUACUUUCUUCUAGAAUACAUAUCUAUCUGCUAUUCUUACUUAAAAGUUACAAUUGGGCCUGUGCAGGGAGAGAUUAUAGAAGAUUCCAUGCUCUUUUCCUUUUAUAAACAGAGAAUAUAGUUUCAGUUAAUUCUAGUGUCACUGCCCAUUUGUGUUCUACCACCUGCCCUGAAACCCAUACCCAUUUUUCAAAACAAUGAAUUCAUUUUCUUGAUAACCUUGCUAGCUCUCAGAAAUUCCCAGAAUGGAGAGCAAGUUCUGUGAGCUCUUACCCACUAUAAUUACUUUUGGAGGAAUUCUGAUUUCAUUCAUGUAUAGAACUCCCACAGCAGAAGCUCUCUCCGCUGAAGGCAAUCAACAACCUCUAUAAUUGAUCUUCCAGAGUUGUGUAGGAAUGCUGAGAAAUUUAGUGAUAUUCUUAAAGCUAGUAUGUGUCAGAAGCAGGAUCUGAAAAUGGGUCUCAUUGUCUCCAAGGUCAGCCCUCUAUCAUCUAGAUCAUGUUAUUUCUCCUUCAGUAUAUUAUAAAGAGAAAGAAAGAGUUUCUAUCUCCUUUCCUAUAUAUGGAUAACCCAAUCGAUAAAGAAAUUAGGGGGAAAAAAAUUCCAAAUGGGAUUUUAUGAGUCAUGUCAAAUAAGGAAAGCUUUGUUACUACUUUCUUUGUUCUCAAAAAAAGAUUCAAUUUCUAUUCCCUGCAGGGAAUUUUCUGCAAAAUAUUCUUUAGGAAUAGAAUCAAUUUUAGAUUAAAUGUUUAGAUUCAUCCCUAUAACUUUACCUGUGUGUAAAAUGAAGGUUAAAGAAAAAUUACUUUCCCAAAGUGAGUUGCAGUACAAAUUUGAACACAGGAUUCAGGACUCCUGAGGCAUUUGCAUGUGUAGAAAACAAGGAUCAGAAAUUAUACUGAGAUUUAUAUUAGAAUCACAGAAACCUUAGAAAUCAUCUAGGCCCAUCCCUCUCAUUCAAUAGAUUAGAAAAUUGAGACCAAGAAAUGUUGUUAUUCAAGGACCUACAAAUAUUAAGUGGCUCACUGUUUUUUCUGUCUUGACUUAGCUGUGGUACCUUGAAUAUAGAAUGUCAGUUACCUUGUGCCCUAAUUGACCAGUGAAAACCAUAAAGAUUGUAAAAAAUAAUACACUUAUUUUUAUUCUAUUUUGCUUCAAGAAAAAUGGCUGAUAGUCAUUUUAUUGAUGUGUGAAUUGGCCAAUAUGAUAACCACCACAUUUUUUCUUUAUUAGUUAAAUGAGAUCAUGUAUGUAAACCACUUUGAGAACUUUAGAGAGUUGUCUAAAGUCAUUUAUUAUUAUUUUAUUUUAGUGAAUGCAUAAUUGCCUCACUGUGGGGUACUUCCUCCAUUGAUAUGAAUUAUGAUGAAUCCUAUCCAUCUGUUAUUUCAUUGAUUAUUAGGUGAAGAUAUUGUAAGGGUGCCAAAAUCUAAAUGAAUAUUUGUUGAUGGGAAUGCUCCAUCACAUUAUGGAAGUGUGAAGAUGACCCUGGCUUGUUGAAAGCUACCAAGUUGAAAUAGAGUCAAAUGAGAUUUCAACAAUUGGCUUGUCUGCUUAAGGAUCAGUCUGACUCAAUAUAGGUAGAUUCCAUUGGUCACCCAGUAAUGAAUUUUUAACCAUGUUUACCCGUUCUUCCUUUCACACUUUUAUGAAAAUACUUAAAUCUUAAGUAACAUUCGAUCAGCAGAAAGUUAAAAUAAAAAGCCUUUUCUCAGUGUCCUACACUAAUUACUAUGCAUAAUCUUCCUAAGGUUUCUCUUUACCAGUUGAUAAUCUAUAAAAUACUCUGAUAGUGGAAUUUCUCAUGAAGAUUGAGUCAUAUAGAUAGAUACCACCUCAAUGAUUGCAUAAGUGUGCCUCAGUCCUGCCCCUCUUUAAACAUUUGCUUAUUAGCUCCUGAACAACUAGCUCUAUCAAAAUGACUCAGUUAGUGAAGAAUUAGGCAUAUUUGGAUGCCUAUAUGUCAACUAUGUUUAAAAUCCUCUUGCCUAGAGAAAUAAUAAUUCUGGCAGAUGAUUCAGUAAAGUGAGUUCUUACAGUAACUAAUGGAAGGUAUACAGUCUUUUGGUAGGGGAGAUAAACUUUUUUGGAGCUCUGAGGUCUGGAGAUUACUUAGGAAGAAGGAAAAUAGGAAAGGAGGAUAUUGCCAAUGGUGUUUGUAAAUGGAAUACAGGAAGGUCUACUAAUUGAGGAGUUUGAGAUUGGUUGAGAGUCAGAGUAGGGUUAAGCAGAAAAUAACAUAUAGCUAUAAAGAAUUAAGGUGUGCUUUAGACUCCGCCCUUUCAAAGACUUGCUGCCACAGGAGGUGAUCAUAGAAAUAACUGCCACCUGUCAACUAGCCAUAUAAAGUUCUGAGAUGGAUUACUGGGAAUCCCUGACCCAAUGGGUCAAAUGUGCUUUUCUCUGAGCUUGAUUUCUGACUAAUCUAAAAGUUAUAAUUUGCCAGGAAUGACUGAAAUAUCUUUGUUAUCACUUUGUUAUAUUGCUAUUUAUUUAAAAUUUUUAUUUAAAGGAAUUGAUAGAAAACUGACCAAACUUUCUACUUUUGCACCAAUUAAUUUUUCUAACAAAUUGACACUGUUCUAGAAUCUUGAUCUUGGUGUCUUAACAGAUAACAUAUGCUGUGAGGGGAAGCAUAUGUUCAUGCUUUCUGAUCAAAAAGAAAUGGACUUUCUAGAAAUAUCUUCUAUGGACAAGGUACUUUCUAAGUAGUACAACUUAUCUUGGGCUACAUGGGUAGGUAGGUCCACUUUCAUUGGAUGUCUUCAUGAGGAAAUUGAAUAACCUAAUUCUUGUUUAGGUAACUUUGUACAAAAUUAUUUCUGAGGUCUCUGAAGAACUUUGAGAUCCCAUUGCAUAUAAAAAAAGCUUCCAGCCUUAUAACAAGAUUUCACUAAGGUAAUAAAGAUUUAAAGAAGUGUAAGCUUUCAAAGUACUUUAUGUUUUUAACUUUCCUUGUAUCCCCAAUAAACAUAGUACUUAGCAUAUAUUAAGUGCUUAAUAAAUACUUGUUGACAGAGUGACUGAAGCACUGAGAAUUUAGAUUAGAACAUAAAGCUUAGCUUUCUUCUGGGUCAAUCAAUCUUUCAACAAGUAUUUGUAAAAUGCCUUAUAUAUGUGCCAGACACUAUACUAGGUAUUGGGAAUACAAAGACAGAAACCUCCUUACUCUUAAGAAGCUUAUGUUUUAUUGUUUAUGAAGCCUCAUGAAAACAGGACUUUUUUUCACAAUUAUAUUGAUGUGUUAUUAUAUCCAUAAGUAGGUUUUAAUGAAGAACUAUAAUUUUAGAGGAUUAGUCAGAGCUCCUAUCAGAAUUAAAUGGUCUCAUCUCUAAGAACAAGAUGCGGGGAAUGGGGAGGUGAGACUUUAGGCUCUGAUUUGAUCAAUUUUACCUGGCUAGUCUCAGACAAGUUCAACAAAAGAGGGAGCUCUAGAUUAAUAAAGAUUUUUUUUUCUUUUGUAAGUAAAGCCAGGUUUCUCCUCUUUCCUACUUUUUAAAAAAUCCAUUCAAAGAAAUGUAGCCAUUUCUGAUUGACAUUCCUAUAAUUGAAGAUAGUAUUUGUGUUAUUUUAUGCUUCACAUACAUCCCAGACAUUAUCUACUUAGAGAGCCUUAGCCUAAAGUCUAAUUCUGGUCUUUGUAAUCUUUGCUCCAUAGUAGAAAAAAGCAGCUACUUUAGUGUAGGCAUCUACUGAUUUGGUCAGUGACCUAAAAGGUUGUUUGAAUUUUGUGGGAGAUGAUAGGUACAUUCUCUUCAAAUUUUUUCCCUUAGAAUUACUUCAUAAUCAAUCUUUAAUAGUCUCUACAAACCAAAAUUCCAUGUGAAGUAGGGGUUGGACUUGUGAUGUUAUUGGUAUAAAGAAUAUCCUAGAGAAGGAAACUCUCUUUACUAAUACAGGCAGGGAACUUCUCUGAAAUUUAAAGCCUUAAAGAGAUAGCUAGAAUACCAAGAAGUUAAGUGGCAGAUCCAGAAUCACAAAGUCAAUAUGUGCUAGAUAAAUAACUUGAACUCACGUCUUCUAGAUUUGAAAUCUGGUUGCUCAUUAUGCCACAUAGGUUCUCCAUUUGCUGGAUAUCUCUGAUCAGAUAUCUCAUGAGCAUCCUUCAGAAUUUAUUUCUUGAUCUUAACUUUCAGUAAUAAAUAUAUAGCAAUUUGAGGGUAUAUUUCAAAAAGGAUUCCAUUGGCUUCACUUUCCACAUGAAGUCCCAUCAUCAUUGUUAAGGAUGAUUUAUUCUUAUGAACAAACUGUUAAUGGAAGUAGCUGUGGCUUGUUAACUGCCUGACAUCACACCAGGUUUUCCAGAAUGCAACAUUAUUAGACACGAGGGAAUUAAAAUAUAUGUUUGGUCUUUGUUAGAAGUGAUUGGAACAAGGAUCUGACGGUUUAAAUACAAGAUUUAGAAUACAAGAAUUCCUUUUAUUUUUACAAUACAGUGUCUGUACUGUAUAAUGCCUUAAACUGGACUUUCUAACAUUCUAACACACAAAUACUUAGUUAACUUUAGAAAUUUUCACGCUCAAAUAAAAAAGAAGUGAGGCUUGUAGCCUAAAAUAUUUAGCAUUAAGCUAUUGUGACCUUAAGGCACUUAUUGAUAUUGAUACCUUUACAUUUUGAAUUAUUUGAAUCUAAGCAUUGAAAUGAGAAAACUGUUACUUCCAUCAGAAGAUAUUAAGACCCUGUUACUUUGGGUUCAGUUCAUGAAUCCCUAGUGGAUAGUGUAUCUUAAUGUUAUGUUAAAUUCAUAUUUUCAUAGGUGAACAAUUGCAAAAAAUGCCACAGAAUGAUAUGGAUGAUUUAAAGUGAAGAAUCUGGUGGAUGCUUAUCAAAGACUCAUGUGGCUUUUCCCUCUCUUUUCUCCUAAAAGAGAAAAAGUAUGUAAUCAAGCCAAAUUUAUGCAUAAUUUGGUACAUGGAGCCAUUAUUGAAAUUGCAUGUUUGGUGGGAGUGAUAUAUGUCUGGUUCUGAUUCCCAUUAAGACUUAUGACACUAUCACAGUGGAUGGGGUGCUGAACUUGGAAUCAGAAAGACUUGAAUUCAGAUUCUGUCUCAGAUACUAAAUUACCAUGGGCCAAUCAUUUCACUUCUUCAUUUUUUUCAUUUGUAACUGAGAGGAAUGAACUCAAUGAUUCUAAGGUCUAGUAAGCUCUAAAUCUAAGAUACUAAGAUACCUUCCUUUAAAUUUUCUCUCUUUUAGCAUCAUGGCUGCUAAUUAGGGAGCAGGUCCUUUUAUUUGCUAGUACAGAAGAUUCAGAAACUUAAAAAUAGACAGCAUCUAUACAUCAAAAACAUUAAAUGAAGAAUUUUGCUCAAUACAGUAAUGUACAGUAGACAAGGUCAACAUUUACCUCUUUCCAUUCACUCAUGCAUGAGCAAGUGAGAACAAUGGGCAAAUCUUCUGAGUUUUCAAGGGCUGCCUUUAUAGAGAAGAUAAUGUUUCCAUGUCGCUUCCCCCACUUCCAUCUUAAAUCUCCCCAACAAAAAUUUCUAAAAAUCCUAAAAAUUCAGUGCCAUUCACACCAUUCCAAUAUACCACCUUAUUUUUGCCUUUGAACUUUGCCCAAUUGCACUUUCACUGCACCAGGUCAACAAAUUAUUUGAUCUACUACUUAGACUCACAUGACCCCUAGAGCCAAUCAAUAUUCAAGCAUCAUCUAUACACACAAGUCAGUUUGACAAAAUUCAAGUUAGACACCAAAAAAAAGAGGAAGGUAAAUUUGCCAAAUCCUAUGUGAUCUACAUGACUCCAAAUAAUUGUUUUAGUUUAACAAAUGUUAUAAUUGAAAGUUCUGUAUUCACAAUAGCAAGCCUUCUCUGAGCCUCUAGUUUUUUCUUUAUUAAUCCUGCCACUUCAGCACUUAUUGUCAAACCCCUCCAUCAAAAGGUCAGAAGAAAGCAAAAAUGAUAUCACUUAAGCUAUUCCAUGCUGAUGACUCUAGAAAAUGGUUGGGCAUUGAGAAAGUUGAAAUCUUUUGAUUAAAACAAAAUUUGGAGAUUGCAUCUGGAGUCAGAAAUUAAUUUCAAAUUAUAAUAGAGGUCUGGACACCCUUGCCAGAGGAUACUUUUCCCAUCUUUUAAGAUAAUAGAUAUCAAGCUAAAAAAGGUUUUUUAGGUCAUUUGGUCCAAAACCCUCCUUUUUACAAAUGAAAAAACUGGAGCUCAGAAAAGACUUUGUUGCUUUCUUUGUCACUGAUAUUUCUUCUUCUUUGUUAUUUGCCUCUUAGAUAGUUUUUGUCAUAGCUUCUCUCAAGAGAGAGCAUAAUGCAAAGUUAUCAAAUGCUUUAAUCCUCAAGAGGUUGACCAAAUAUUUGAAGAAAUCCUCAUUGAAUUCUAUGUACCUUGUUCCACAAAUCUCACCAACAUCAGCCUAAUAUUUGGCAAGACUGGGGAUCAAAAUGGAAAAAAAAUUAUCAUUUUAAUGGGCUCUCAUAUGCCCAUCUGAAAAUCUGUAGAGUGAAUUAUUAUGCAGUAGUCAAUAAUAAUGGCCUCAGUUUUAAAAAUACAGGUGUUCAUUUUAAACUUAUCUAAAGAUGCUCCAUUUAAUAUCAUAAGCCAGGGAGAUAAAAAUACUUGAGUUGACACUUAUUUCAAUAGUCCAAAGAAACAUAAGUUCCCUGAGGACAGGGGUCAUUUAUUUUUUAUUUUUUUCACAGUCUCCCCAGCAUCUAGCAUAAUGCUUUGCUCAUAGUAAGCCCCUAAGAAAUGUUUGUUGAAAUGAAUAAAAUUGAAUUGAACUGAAUCUCUGUGCUGGCCUUCAUGAUCUUAAAGGUAAGCUUUAAUUCCUGUAAUUUUGGGAAACUGGUAAAUUAUUUUCUUUCUGAGGCUAUAUGCAGAAAUUCUGUAGUAAAGGGUUAGUGGAAGAUGUCCAGGUGUAUAAAAAUGUUUACUAUGAGGGAGAACACACCUUCUCUUCACUGGAUGGCUGAGCCAGUUUCAAAUAGUUGCUAUAUGGUUACUCUUAGACCCAACACAAAUUGAUUUUCCAACCAAUGAGCAAAAAUGGCACAGAAAUCCACCCUUCUAUCAAUAAUUCAAAACAAGAAGGUCCCAGACAGUACUUCUAGGAUACCAGUUCCACAGUUGCUAGAGAACAAAGUAACCACAAACCCUCUGUUCAGCAUCUCUCUCAACAUCCUAAACAACUUGAGCAAACAUACUUUAUCCAAGGUAUUAUGCUUGGCACUAGAGAUACAAAGAGCACUGCCUCCCCCCACCCCAUGCCAAAAAAAUGUAAAGGUUACAUUCUACUAAGAAGGGGGAAAGCCCCUCAUGGCAAUCCCUAAGAAGCAACUGCCCCUCCCCCACAAAUGCCUCAGUAUAUCUAUAACCUGUUUCUCCACCAGAAGUCUAAAUAUCACAGAGCCAAAACUGUUUUCCCGUAUCAAAUUUCCUGGUUUCCUACUGAAAAUUAAUUUUAUAUGAGUCAAUUUUUAAAUAUCUCCUAUUAGUUGGUCCUAUCUUAUAUUAUAAAUGUGGAAAUCUCAAGAAAGAUUUGCUAGGAUAAAUAUUUACUUUAAUGUACUUAGGAAUCUACUCUUGCAGCAAAAAUAGAGAGCUCCAUGUUUGUUGAACUGGCUCAAAGAGCAAUUUCUUUGAGAUCUUAAGCCUGGGAGGAUGUCAUGUGAUACUGAAUGACUCACUUUGUACUAACUUCUACAAAUACUUUUUUGUCAGAGUUGCUACUCAGGACUCCAUGAGAAUCAUUUCUUCUCCAAAGCAUUUAUGCUAACCUGUCAGUAUCUUUUUUAUUUUCCACUGAAUUCAAUUAAGUAGGUUCAAAUGUCCCAAUUGACUCAACACCUAUCUUGUAAUCUACUAUUAGGAUUUGAAACCAGUUUUUUCUUCAGAGGUAGCAUAUUUAUUUUCAACCACUUUCUCUUCUGGGUCUCUUGUGGGCAAAUCACAAAAUGGGCACUUCUCUUUGUAUUUAGAAAUUUCUCUCUCCCAAGAUCGGAAGGCAAAGCUUUUCUUCUGAUGUCAGCACCUUUUUACAGGAGAGAAAUAGUCUCUCCCUUCACCCACCAGCAUAUUUCUUUCAAACCUAGGCACGGAGCUCCCAAGGGAAGAAUGAACUGGGAGGGUUUUGUUUUAUUUUGUUUUCAUAAAGUCUUUAUCUUUUUUUUUCCUAUGGAAAGUAUUGCUUUCAGUCUUUAUACUACAAGAUCCAUUCUGUAUUUUUUUCCUGAAAAACAUGUUAACAUCAAAGACUAAGGAAAAUAAAAUAAAAUCUGAUUUUGUAAAAUAAUGAUUUGUCAGUCCCUAUGCCCCCUCUCAUAUUUGUAUUCAGCUCUGGUUUUAAUUCAUUCCAAUUCAACUCAAAAAAUAUUUAUUAAAUGUCCAAUAUAUCCAAAGGCCAAGAAAAAAAAUCUUUAGCCUCAAAGAGUUUAUAUUCCCCAAAGGGAUAUAAUUUGUAUAGAACUGAACAUAUGUGGAGUAAAUAUUGAAAAUAAAUGAUCUGUGUUAUUAACUGAAUCACUUAAAGGGCCUGAGUGAGAAAAAUGUGUGCAUUGUUAAGACAAAACUAGGCAGACCAUCCAUGGUAGCUAUGGACUAGGUUGGAAUGGGACUGGGUAUUUCUAUGUUGUUGUUGUUGUUGUUUUUUUUCUUCUGAUGUAGCAAAGUGACUUCAAAUGGCAAGAGAAUGAUCCAUUUUGAAUCUCUGAUGGACAAGAUGAAAUUACAAUGACAAAUCUGCUGUUUUUUUUCUUUUGGGGGGUUGUUUUAUUAUUUUUUUUUCCUUUUAUGGCAUAGAAUUCUGGUGCCUUGCUCCCUGAAGUUGUCUCCGAGCUACAAAGGAUACGCUUUUUUUCACAUUCUGGCUUACAAGGGAACACAACUUUUCUACAAGUGGCCUUUAGUGCUCUUUCUAAUAUGAUUUCCUGUAAUUUUUAAACUGUAUGUCUAAUUUAUAUUCUGGCACUGUCCGAUAUUUGAACAACUUUAAUAUGUUGAUUUCCAUCUCUAUUAUGCAAAUGAUACUUCUUACCUGAUUUUUUAUGUUCUGUCUUAAAAUGAACAAUCAAAUAAUAAAGAAAUGCCGCACCACUUAUUAAUAAAUGGAAAUUUCCAUGA